CUCAGGCUCGGCUGCGCCGGGGGCCGCCGGCGGGUUCCUGAGGUGGCCUCCGCCCCGGCCGCUCCGCCCACGCCCCCCGCGCCUCCGCGCCCGCCUCCGCCCGCCCUGCGCCUCCCUUCCCCCUCCCCGCCCCGCGGCUGCCGCUCGGCCCCGGCUUGCGCUUCGAAGAUGGCGGCGCUGAGUGGCGGCGGUGGCAGCAACAGCGGCGGUGGCGGCAGCGGCGGCGGCGGCGGCGGCAGCGGCGGUGGCGGCGGCGGCCCCGAGCAGGACCAGGCUCUGUUCAAUGGAGACGUGGAACCCGAGGCCGGCGCUGGCGCCGCGGCCUCUUCGGCUGCGGACCCGGCCAUUCCCGAAGAGGUGUGGAAUAUCAAGCAAAUGAUUAAAUUGACACAGGAACAUAUAGAGGCCCUAUUGGACAAAUUUGGUGGGGAACAUAAUCCACCAUCAAUAUACUUGGAGGCCUAUGAAGAGUACACCAGCAAGCUAGAUGCCCUCCAGCAAAGAGAACAACAGCUAUUGGAGUCCCUGGGGAAUGGAACUGAUUUUUCUGUUUCUAGCUCAGCGUCAAUGGACACCGUUACAUCCUCCUCUUCCUCUAGCCUUUCAGUGCUACCUUCAUCUCUUUCAGUUUUUCAAACUCCUACCGAUGUAUCAAGAAACAACCCCAAGUCACCACAAAAACCUAUUGUUAGAGUCUUCCUGCCCAACAAACAGAGGACAGUGGUACCUGCAAGAUGUGGCGUUACAGUCCGUGACAGUCUAAAGAAAGCACUGAUGAUGAGAGGUCUUAUCCCAGAGUGCUGUGCUGUUUACAGAAUUCAGGAUGGAGAGAAGAAACCAAUUGGCUGGGACACUGAUAUUUCCUGGCUUACUGGAGAGGAAUUGCAUGUAGAAGUACUGGAGAAUGUCCCACUUACAACACACAACUUUGUACGGAAAACUUUUUUCACCUUAGCAUUUUGUGACUUUUGUCGAAAGCUGCUUUUCCAGGGUUUCCGCUGUCAAACAUGUGGCUAUAAGUUUCACCAGCGUUGUAGUACAGAGGUUCCACUGAUGUGUGUUAAUUAUGACCAACUUGAUUUGCUGUUUGUCUCCAAGUUCUUUGAGCAUCACCCAGUACCACAGGAGGAGGCCUCCUUAGCAGAGACUACUCUUACAUCUGGAUCCCCUUCCGCACCCCCUUCAGACUCUACUGGGCCCCAAAUCCUCACCAGUCCAUCUCCUUCAAAAUCCAUUCCAAUUCCACAGCCCUUUCGACCAGCAGAUGAAGAUCAUCGAAAUCAGUUUGGGCAGCGAGACCGGUCCUCUUCAGCUCCCAAUGUUCAUAUAAACACAAUCGAACCUGUCAAUAUUGAUGAAAAAUUCCCAGAAGUGGAAUUACAGGAUCAAAGGGAUUUGAUUAGAGACCAGGGGUUUCGUGGUGAUGGAGCCCCCUUGAACCAGCUGAUGCGCUGUCUUCGGAAAUACCAAUCCCGGACUCCCAGCCCCCUCCUACAUUCUGUCCCCAGUGAAAUAGUGUUUGAUUUUGAGCCUGGCCCAGUGUUCAGAGGGUCAACUACAGGUUUGUCUGCCACCCCUCCUGCCUCAUUACCUGGCUCACUCACUAAUGUGAAAGCCUUACAAAAAUCUCCAGGACCUCAGCGGGAAAGGAAAUCAUCAUCAUCCUCAGAAGACAGAAAUCGAAUGAAAACACUUGGUAGACGAGAUUCAAGUGAUGAUUGGGAGAUUCCUGAUGGACAGAUAACAGUGGGACAAAGAAUUGGAUCUGGAUCAUUUGGAACUGUCUACAAGGGAAAGUGGCAUGGCGAUGUGGCAGUGAAAAUGUUGAAUGUGACAGCACCCACACCUCAACAGUUACAGGCCUUCAAAAAUGAAGUAGGAGUACUCAGGAAAACGCGACAUGUGAAUAUCCUACUUUUCAUGGGCUAUUCAACAAAGCCACAGCUGGCUAUUGUGACCCAGUGGUGUGAGGGCUCCAGCCUGUAUCACCAUCUCCACAUCAUUGAGACCAAAUUUGAGAUGAUCAAACUUAUAGAUAUUGCACGGCAGACUGCACAAGGCAUGGAUUACUUACACGCCAAGUCAAUCAUCCACAGAGACCUCAAGAGUAAUAAUAUAUUUCUUCAUGAAGACCUCACGGUAAAAAUAGGUGAUUUUGGACUAGCCACAGUGAAAUCUCGAUGGAGUGGGUCCCAUCAGUUUGAACAGUUGUCUGGAUCUAUUUUGUGGAUGGCACCAGAAGUAAUCAGAAUGCAAGAUAAAAACCCAUAUAGCUUUCAGUCAGAUGUGUAUGCAUUUGGAAUUGUUCUGUAUGAACUAAUGACUGGCCAGCUACCUUAUUCGAACAUCAACAACAGGGAUCAGAUAAUUUUUAUGGUGGGACGAGGCUAUCUAUCUCCAGAUCUCAGUAAGGUACGGAGUAACUGUCCAAAAGCCAUGAAGAGAUUAAUGGCAGAGUGCCUCAAAAAGAAAAGAGACGAGAGACCACUCUUUCCCCAAAUUCUCGCCUCUAUUGAGCUGCUGGCCCGCUCAUUGCCAAAAAUUCACCGCAGUGCAUCAGAACCCUCCUUGAAUCGGGCUGGUUUCCAAACGGAAGAUUUUAGUCUGUAUGCUUGUGCUUCUCCUAAAACACCCAUCCAAGCAGGGGGAUAUGGAGAAUUUGCAGCCUUCAAGUAGCCACUCCAUCAUGGCAGCAUCUGCUCUUUAUUUCUUAAGUCUUGUGUUCACACAAUUUGUUAACAUCAAAACACAGUUCUGUUCCUCAAAUCUUUUUUUUUAAAGAUACAAAAUUUUCAAUGCAUAAGCUCGUGUGGAACAGAAUGGAAUUUCCUAUUCAACAAAAGAGGGAAGAAUGUUUUAGGAACCAGAAUUCUCUGCUGCCUGUGUUUCUUCUUCAACACAAAGA